CCGUCACAUCAUGCUUCUCCCUCAUCUAGGAUGCCCGAAGUGCCGCUCACAUUACCGGUCCUGAUCCGGACAAUUCGGAGCGCACGGACGCAGGCGGAGGAACGGGAAUUGAUCCAACGAGAAAGCGCCAAGAUCCGGGGAGCUUUUCGUGGCGAUGAAGCCGAGACCCGGGCCUCAAAUUUAGCUAAGUUGCUCUACAUCUACAUGUUGGGGUACCCUGCCCACUUCGGACAGAUGGAGUGCCUGAAACUGAUCGCCUCCCACCGAUUCCACGAGAAGCGGAUUGGCUACCUUGGGGCUGCCCUUCUAUUGGAUGAGAAGCAGGACACUCACCUUCUACUGACCAAUAGCAUCAAGAAUGAUCUUCUGCACGCCAGCCCCUGGGUACAGGGUUUGGCGCUAAGCACCCUUGGUUCGCUCGGCUCCGCCGCAAUGCUGCAGGAUUUGGCCCAGGAAGUACAACAGCUGGCAAAAACUGGGCAGCCCGCUGUGAGAAGGAAGGCUGUGGUCUGUGCUGUACAUAUAACCCGUAAAGUACCAGCUUUAGCAGAUAUGUUCAUCCCCCUUGGAGAGCAGUUAUUGAAUGAACAGAUUCACGGCACCCUGCAUGGCGCCGUUAUGUUAAUCGCAGAGAUGUGUGAACAAAGCCCACAGGCCCUUGAACAUUUUUCCAAGUUUGUCCCCCAGCUGGCCGGGGUGCUGCGCAAUCUGGUGGUGGCUGGAUAUUGUCCGAAUAACAGCAUUGCGGGCAUCAGCGAACCUUUCCUGCAGGUUCAGCUCCUCCGGUUGCUACGGACUUUGGGACGAGACAACGGGGAGGCCAGCGAUGCCAUGAAUGACUCCUUGGCUCAGGUGGCGACCAACACUGAAACCACGCGGAAUGUCGGCAAUGCCAUCUUGUACGAGACGGUUUUGACCAUCAUGGGAAUCCAGUCUACCAGUGGAUUGCGGGUUCUGGCGAUAAACAUCCUUGGGCGAUUUCUCCUUAACAAGGAUAAGAAUAUCAGAUAUGUGGCCCUCACAUCCCUUCAGAAGUUGUUGCAAACAGAAAACAGCGCUGUCCAGAGGCACCGGACCACCGUCCUCGGAUGUCUGACGGACCCCGACCCAACGGUGAAAAGGAGAGCCCUCCAGCUGAGCUUGUCCCUGAUAACCAACACUAACAUUCGGACAACCACCAAGGAAUUGCUCGGUUUCCUGGAAAGCAGCCCGCCGGACCUCAAGUCGGAAUGCGCUUCUGGACUGUUCUUGGCCGCGGAGAAAUUCGCACCCAACAAGCGGUGGCACCUUGAUACCGUUCUCCAGGUUCUGACCAUGGCUGGCUCGUAUGUACGGGAUGACGCGGUGCCCAACCUCAUCCACCUGAUUGGAGGAGCAAAGGAUCUCCAUAGUUACGCCGUGCAUCAGCUGUACAGCACGGUGGCCCAAGACAUCUCUCAGCAACCCUUGGUCCAAGUGGCAACGUGGUGCCUGGGCGAAUACGGCCACUUCCUGCUUGAUGGGAAUUGCAACGAGGUGGAGCCGCAGCAGGUGGACGCCGAGGAGGUGUUGGAUCUGCUGGAGCGCAUACUCCAAUCUCAACUGUCCCUGCCAUCCACCCGGGGCUAUGCCCUCACCGCUCUCAUGAAGCUGGGCACGCGCCUCCAGGACAGUGACAUCAACCGGAUUCGGAGUUUGGUUUCCAUUUACUGUAGCUGCCACGACGUGGAACUGCAGCAGAGGGCUGUGGAAUACAACACCCUUUUCCGGAAAUAUGAUCAUCUCAGAGCAUCCAUACUGGAAAAGAUGCCUGUGGUGGAGAAAACGGGGGAGGAAAGCUGUGGAACAGACCAGAAUGGAAAUGAGAUUGUUUCCCCAAAUGUCCUGCAGGUGGCACCACCCAAGGAGCCCAAACCCCAAGAACCUAAUCAGGACUUGGACCUCUUGGAUCUCCUUGGAGAACCUGUAAAUUCAUCUCCAGCUCAGCUGAAUCCAGCCAAUUCAGGAACAGGAUCUCUCCUUGGUUUGCUUGAAGAUCUAAAACCUCCAGAGGCUGUUCCCACCCGCAUGGCCGUCUACGAACAGAACGGGUUGCUUGUUGAAUUCUUAAUGGACCGCCCUCUGCUGGAGCCCACCUUGCUGCUGAUCACCACCACUGUGACCAGCACAACCGUGGGGGACGUCCACAACUUUUCCAUGCAGGUGGCUGUUCCCAAGUCCUUCCAGGUGGAACUUUUGGCCCCCAGCAGCUCUACGGUCUCAAGCCAGGGAGGUCCCCCCGUCACCCAAGUGAUUCGGGUCUUGAACCCCAAAAAGAUCCGCCUGCGGAUGAGGCUACGGCUUUCUUACACUCUGCCUUCUGGGGCUGUUAUACAACAUACUGAAGAACUCAACUCAUUCCCAGAGACUGCAUGGAAGUGAACAGCACAUU